UGCUGCAGCUGCUGCUUUGCCAGUGGCAGUCGUCCCUGUGCAGUGUAAUCCCAGCAUCGUUGGAGCAUCCUGCAAUUGCUGGGCACUUGCAGCCCUCUCAGGAACCUCUUUCCUCUUCUCCGAGAGGCUGACUACUGUUCUUUCAAGGCUAGUCUUUGCAUCUCAUCACUGAAAAACUUGAAGUGGAAGUGAGAAGAGAAGCAUUUCCAUCCCUGCUUGUUUGCUGGAGCCAGUUUUCUAACAACCCAAGAAAGAUGAACUUUAAUGGAUAUUCAUAAACUCUCGGGAUGCUGAGUCAGGUAUCUUCUCGGAGUAUGGAAUUUGUAUGUAAACAAAAGUGGUAUCUUCAGCUGGGCUGUAUAUUGAUAUUGAAUUUGGUUUAUGCCAAUCUAGACUAUCAAAAAGAAACUUCUCUAAGCCUGGGUCAGAUUGACCAUCAGUGCUGGGAGGUGUCGUCCCAUGGGCUGGUGGAAAUGAAGAAACUGAAGGUAGCAGAUACAGUCAUUGCUCUCUGGGACUUCAUGAUGUUCCUGAAGGAAUCCCCUAAGCCCAAGCACAAUCAACUCUUCAAUGAUCUAGCCCAGAACUUCUGGGAUAUGUAUGUAGACUGCGUGCUCUCAAGAUCCCAUGGAAUGGGCAGAAGACAACUAAUGUCUCCCAAAUAUUCUUCCACAUACUCACAUAGAACUUUAGCAGGGUCCUCUUUCACCAACUCAUUUUAGGUCAAAAGAGGAGAAAAUGAAGAUACCUCAGCCAGGCAACACCAAAAUGAAGGAGCACAAAUCUGCACAUACUGCAGAUGUUUGGACAAAUCCAUUGGCAUGGUUCAAUCUUUUUCCUUUUCUCUAUAUAAAGUACUCAAUCACUGCUAAACUGAUAAGUACGUGAGCUCCCACAUUAUCACUUUUGCUCUCCUGUCUUGCAAUCUACCAAGGCUGCCUUCUUCCCACUGCAUGUGUGAAUGCUUUUGUGUUUUCAGUCAACUCCUUUGUUCUCUCACAUAAGAUUGUAAGCUUGAAGCAGUGUUGUAUUUUUGCAGAGGCUCAUCUCUUCCAAUAAUUCUCUUUUUUAAGAGUUAAUUUUGACGGAAACCCAAUAUAUUUUUAUACGUUAAGCAAUGAAGAAAAUGUCAACAAACAUUUUAUACAGUAUCUUGCACAUGCAAUCGACUUUACUUUUAAGAAUUGCAAGAAAGUGACAUCAAGCUAAAGAGAAAGAUUAUGCUCAUUGUAAUGU